UGGUCGUCGCCGCGCGCGUCGACGUUCGCCGUCCGCGGCGCGUCGUAUUUGGACGACCGCGUCAAGGUCUUCGCGUCCGAGCCGCCUUUGUUCGAGCUCGUCGCGGCGGACCUGCUGCUCCACGGCGACGGCGACGGCGCGCACCCGCCGCCGGGCGCCGACGCGGCCGGCGGCGCGCCCGCGCCGCGGCGCGGGCUCCACGUCGGCGGCGCGCCGCCGCCCUUCACCUUCGUCGUGACCCUCGUCGUGCCGGGGCCGCCGAGCUACACCUACGCCAUGUACUACGCGUGCCGCGACUCGACGAAGCUGCGGGACGGCUCCACGCCCCUCGGCCGCGUCGCCGAGCCCUUCUUCUUCGGCGACGACGACGCGUUCCGCGACGACCGCUUCAAGAUGACGCCGCGCGUCGUCGACGCGAACUGGGUCGUCCGCCGCGCCGUCGGCCAGAACCCCGUGCUCCUGGGCAAGAAGCUCAAGCAGCACUACUUCCGGGGGCCCGACUACCUCGAGCUCGACAUCGACAUCGCCUCCUCCGCCGUCGCCGCGUCCGUCGUCCGCCUCUGCGGCGGCUACGCCAAGGCCCUCGUCGUCGACAUCUCCUACGUCCUCGAGGCCAAGCACCUCCUCGAGCUCCCGGAGAGCGUCCUCGGCACGAUCCAGAUCGCCCACAUGGACGUCGACAAGGGCGUCCCGCUCCCGAGGUAG